UAGUAUAGCCAGAGAUUUCAUUUCCAAGAGAAGAGGCGAAAAUUACUUUAUCAAUGGCACAAACGGAUCCAAGCUCACAUCAAGCAGCUAAUCGUGUCUACGAAGAUUUUGAACCAUCUUAUGAAUGGGCUCAAGAUGAAGAAAGUGACACGCUUAUUCUUAUGCUUAAAGGAUUUAGAAAGGAGAAUUUGAGGGUUCAAAUAGGCACAAACCGUAGACUAAAACUCAGUGGUGAACAACAGAUAAGUGAGAACAAAUGGCAUAGAUUUAACAAAGAAUACACCAUUCCUCCUCAUUCUAACACCAAUGGGAUCAAAGCCAAGUUACAAGGUGGCCUACUAUAUAUAAGGCUUCCCAAAAUCAUCACUGAAGCUAAGUCAACAACAAAAUCACCAACACCAAAUCUUGAAGCUGAUGACAACCAAAGAGGAACCAAAGAGACACCAACACAAGAAGAACCAAAGACAAGUGAGGUUUCUCAGACAAAGGAGAUGGGGAAAGUAGGGGAAGAUGAUAACUGUGUUGCUCAGAAUAGAGCCAAAGCUACCACUUCUGAAGCUCAGAAUAUGCAUGAAACAAUUGAUGAGUUGAGUAAUAAGAAGGUUGACCGAAGGUUACCUACAACCCUUUAUGGCUUGGUUGGGGAGGUUGUUAAGCAAAAGAAACUGGCUAACUUGGUGGUUGUCAUCUUGUUCCUUGGUAUGGGAAUGUAUGUCAAAAAUGCAAUCAAGUCAUUUUUUGGAGGAUAAAAAAUCCAAGAUCUUUAAAUAUUGCUUGGCUAAAGAAAUUAUAUUAGCAAUGGCACCAGAUGUAUAUGUAUUUGUAUUUGUAAGCACAAGUUGAAUAAUUAUUCUAAGAGUAAUUGUUUAAAGUUACCAGGUUAAAUAUU